AUGGACCCCAACUGCAUAAUCUGGGCACCUUUCCUUCUUCUGCAUCUGGGUGGCCCUGACACAAUCACUGCCUACUCCCUCGAAGAUAAUGAGCUCUGGCUUCGACACUUGCUUAGCUUAAUCUCCCAGUCAAUAGGAGCAGUUAUUGUUGUUUACGGUUCAUGGAAUGGUACCAAACUUAAUUAUGUCACCAUUCCAGUUAUGGUGGCAGGAAUAAUCAAAUAUGGUGAGAGGACUUGUUCGUUGUGGUUGGGAAGCAGUGAGAAGUUUAGAAAAUCCAUUCUCCCUCCUCCCGAUCCAGGACCUAAUUAUGCCAAAUUCAUGGACGACUGCACUGCAAAAAGAGAUGAAGGAUAUAUCGUUGAAUUGAAGGUUGAAUCUUCUACAGUAUUAUUGGAUCAACCUCAAGGGGAAAUAGUAAAUGACAGUGUACCCGAUGCUGCGCUUAUACACAAUGGAUUCUAUUUCCUUGAGAUUUUCGAGUGCCUAUUUGCAGAUCUCAUUCUUGGCUUCCAAGACCACCGAGACAGCCAAAAGUUGUUUCAGAAAAUGGAAUGGAAUGAUGCGUUUCAAGUGGUUGCAGUUGAACUUGGAUUGAUGUAUGAUAAACUAUAUACAAAAGCAGUGGUAACGUACUCUCGCAAAGGCAUUUUCCUCAAAAUUGUGAGCUUCUUCUGCACUCUCUCUGCAUUUAUUGCAUUUUUUUGUCUGGUAGAGGAAGCAUAUUACCAGAGUAUUACUGUUGUGCUUUUCGCUGUGGCCAUUUUUCUUGAGAUAUAUGCUGCCAUCGUUUUACUUUCCUCACCUUGGACGAUGCAUUGGUUAAGCAAGCAUAAGAAUCAGAGAGUGGAUCUUCUACUCUCAUGUUUUAAAGAAUGUUAUGAACACUCACAUGCUAAGAGGUGGUCUAAUCUUAUGUCACAGUUAAACCUUUUCAGUUUUUGCCUGAAGGGUGAGCCAACCAAACGAAUAAAAAUCUGGAAUUUCCAAUUCAUGUAUAAGCUUUUCAAGAAGUUUUACCACCAAAAACCAGAAAAUGUACCCGAUGAAUUGAAAAAACUCAUUUUUAUACAGCUUCUAGAAAAGUCUAGGAAUGCAAAAGAUAUGAAAGAAUGUAAAAUAUUAUGCGGUCGAAGGGGUGAUUGGGUUCUUGAUGGAUGGAAAUGCGAUUCCAUCAAAUGGAGCACAACUGAAUUAGAGUUUGAUGAAAGCCUUUUGCUUUGGCAUAUAGCUACAGAUCUUUGCUAUCAUUCAGAUGAAGAUUGUGCCGAGCUCCGAAGUUAUCGACUGAGUAAAAUGCUCUCAGAUUAUAUGCUAUAUCUUCUUAUUAAAUGUCCUUUUAUGUUGCCCACUGGAAUUGGACAGAUCAGAUUUGAAGACACAUGUGCCGAGGUCAGCCAACUUUUGCAAGAAAGGAAACAUAUAUCACAAAUAAAACAAGUUUGUCAAGUGAUUGACCGAGUGAGUGUGGAUGAAAAGUUUCUACCAUCAGUUGUUAAAGGAGAUCGAAGCAAAUCUGUGUUGUUUGAUGCACACAGGCUUGCUAAAUCGCUGGAUUCUUUAGGACCGCAUCCGAGUUGGUCGAAAGAAGAGAAAUGGGAAGUAAUAAGUGAUGUUUGGGUGGAGAUGUUGUGUCAUGCAGCAAGCCAGUGUAGAGGGUUUCAACAUGCUAAACAACUCAGUCGAGGGGGUGAGUUGCUUACCCAUGUCUGGUUUUUAAUGGCUCAUUUAGGUAUCACUGAACAGUUUCAGAUCUCACAAGGUCAUGCAAGGGCAAAGUUGAUACUCACCUAA